UCAAAUGAAGCAAGGAGGGCGGCCAUUUUUUUAAAACACAAACAAGAAGAGAAAGCGAGUUGUGAAAAUAUUCGCAGCGAAUGUUGGUCAGAGGAAAGUAUAGCUAAUUAAUCAAACGUUCAAAAAAUAGUGAAAGGAAGUAACAUUAAGAUAUACAGAUCGUUGCGAAAUACACGUAUAUGUUAACUGGAUUUAACUAGCUACAUUUCAAUUUCGGAAAAUUUGCAGCUACCAGCUAGCUAGGUUGUAGCUGGCUAGCUGGCUACUUGGCUGGCUAGCUAGUGCGACCAGCUUUCAACGAAAGGUGUUUGGCGGAAAGGGAGGGAAAAUAGACUCUGAGGAAAUAAUCAAGCAGGAGUAGGACCGUGAGAAGUGGAAGGAAUAAUACAUGCCUGUGAAGAUGACACUUGUCUCUCCCUGUGCAGCCGCUGUUCUUCACAAUAUUGCUUCAUAGUAAUUAUUAUGAUCAACUCCAAUGUUGAUGUAAUUACUGGUGCGGUUUGUCCAUGAGAAUUUAGUUUUUGUUUAUUUUUGAUAGCUGUCACGUUUGGCCAAUCCUCCAUCACCUCACCCAACUCCUUUCCCUGAGCCUGGCAGCUAUUUGCUCAGCAUAUCAGAUUUGUGUGGUCUGAACAAUCCCACUCUAAACCACUGCACACAGAAGAACCAAGUAGCCUUUAACGCCCUCAUCGAAUCUGGACGAAACUGGUCCAGUCCCCUGGACAAGAAGCCUUGAGCUCCAGUUGAAGAGAGGAGUAUGACUGCUGAAACACUUAACUUCGGCCCAGAAUGUUGUCUAGGGGAAGAUAAUGGGCGAUGCAUAUCCAACCUAAACUUGAGGCUCCGUGCACUAUCCAGAGGGGGGAGUGUGACGACCCCCCCUCCUUCUCCAGCCAUGCCAAAGUCCAAGCUGGCUGAUUACCGCUAUGGCCGCGAGGAGAUGCUAGCACUUUAUAUCAAAGAUAACAAGCCCCCAGAGGACAUGCAGGAUAAGGAGUUUGCUGCUAUCAUGCAGGAUGAGCCUGUGCAGCCUUUGGCCCUGGAGCCUCUAACUGAGGAGGAGCAGAGAAACUUCUCCAUGUCUGUGAACAGUGUGGCUGUGCUGAGGCUGAUGGGAAAGGGAGGCGGGUCUGCCCCUGUAGGCGUGGCUAGGGGCCGUGGAGGAUGCAACAGAGGAGGUAGAGGGAGAGGGAGAGGUGAAGGUGCAUUCUACCAAAGAGCUCCUGGAUGUCCUGAGGAAGGAGAGGUGGGCUUCGGUCGUGGCCGAGAAAUGCUCCGCAGCCAAAGCUGGGAUGACCGAGCUGAGAGGCCAAGGUUUGAGAAGCCAAUCAGAUGUGCUGAAGUAGUGCGUCCAGGAUUUGAAGAGGCGGGGUCUCUGGGCAGGAAGGACUCCUGGCGUGCUGACAGCGACAACUGGCGUACCCUCCGAGAGGAGGAGGAAGAGGCAGCAGCAGCAGCAACAGGAGGAGAGCAGCCAGCCUGGAGAGUUGCAGGAUCCCGCCGUGAUGAUGGAGGUCCUCGUUCUGCAGGCUGGCGUGAUCGUGGCGGCCGGAGGAAGUUUGAGUUUGACUUCCGUGAUGGUGAGGGCCCCCGUAGGGAAUCCGACAGGGACGGCCUUCCUGAGUGGUGCACCGACGAGGAGGAUGGAGAGAUGGGAACCUUUGACUCCUCUGGGGCCUUCAUGUGCAUCAAGAAAGACUGUAAGGACACCAUCACUGAAGAGGAUCUGGAGUUUGAAGCUCUGGAGGAAGACGACGAGAAUGAUCAGGGAGGCAAGGACAACUACGAUGACCGAGAUGAAUGUGAAGCAGCAGGUGAGGGAGAAGAUAAGUACAAGACUCCUUCUCCUCCUGCCAUCUCUGGCUCUCCACCCUCAGACCCUCUUCCUGCCCCCUGCGCCACACAGGCACCCAUCUCCCAUCCCUCCAAAACGAACCAUGUGCCCGCUGAAGGUUGCCCACUUCCAGGGAGUGGUGCACAGCUCAGCCCAGACCCCCCCUCCACCACCACCUCCAGCCUGAUGCCUCCUCCCUCCGGAUCUCUCCUCCCCUCAACAGGGGGAGAAGCGGAGGAGGACGAGGGCAUGAAGCACCUGCAACAGGAGGCUGAAAAGAUGGUGGCCUCACUGCAGGACACGUCCCUUGAGGAGGAGUGUUUCACUCAAGCACUACAGGAGAGCCACACAGUCACCUCUCACACACACCCAGCCCCACACUCACACACGCACGCCGCUGGACACACACACUCUCACUCGACCCAUAGGGACUGUGCCCUGCCCCUCUCCCACGAGGCAGCCAUGAAGUGGUUCUAUAAGGACCCCCAGGGAGAGAUCCAAGGUCCCUUCUCCACGGUGGAGAUGUGUGAGUGGUUCCAGGCCGGCUACUUCACCAUGACCCUGCUGGUAAAGAGGGGUUGUGAUGAGGGCUUCCAACCCCUGGGUGAUGUCAUCAAAAUGUGGGGCCGCGUGCCCUUCUCCCCCGGCCCCUCUCCCCCGCCCCUCCUGGUGAGACAGCCCCCACCAUCUCGGGGGUCCUCUGCCAAUAUGGACCAGGAGCUGCUGAAGAAACAUUUGGAGCAGGCAGCCACUGCAGCUCUAUACCAUCAACUACAGAUGAGGUUCCAGCACAUGAACAGGAGUGGAGAUUCUAGCAUGAUGCCCUCGAUGAACAGGUCCAUGUCAGUACCUGAUAAUGGGUCCAUGUGGGACAUGCAUACCCCGGCCUCCCAGCAGUCAGGUGGUGAGGCCAACCUAUGGGACUUAACCAUGAGUCAUUCCACUCAGGGGCUAUCUCUGGAGCAGAUACAGAAGCUCCAGGACCGGCGUGAGGCUGAACUCCGGGCCAAGCGAGAGGAGGAGGAGCGGAAGCGGCAGGUCGAGAAGAGGAGGCAGCUGGAGGAACAGAAGAGGCGUGAGGAGGAGGAGCUGUACAGGCGUAAGCAGCAGUGUCGGCAGCAGCAGGAGCUGAUCAUGAAGCUGCUGCAGCAGACCCAGCCCGGGGCCCCAGGGUGUGUCUCUGGGUCAGGGUGGAGCGGCUCCCAGGCCUCAGCCCUCUCCAAACAAGGCAAGAGCCUCGGCCUGCUGGAGCUGGAGACCGAGAGGCUGCUCAAACAGCAGGCCCAGCACCAGAGGGCCCAGCAUCAGAGAGACAGGCAUGGAGGCUUGUCUAUGGGCCAGUGGGGUGAGGGGUCUGUGAGCAUGUGGUCUGGUGGGGGCAUGGAGCCCAAAGGCAGCUCUGGAGGGAUGGGUGUCUGGGAGGAGGCUGUGAAGAACCAAAACAGCCUCCGCAAUAUGGGCAUGAAGAACAGCCACAGCAGCCCAUCUCUCAGUGAGCAGUACAUGCUGAGGAAGAAGCGUACAGAGGAGGAGGACAAGCUGCUGAAUCUGCUGCAGGGCAUGAAGCCCCAGGAUGGCUUCACCACCUGGUGUGAACAGAUGCUACACGCACUCAACACCUCGGCUAACAACUCCUCCUCCUCACUGGACGUGGCAACCAUCGUGGCCUACCUGAAGGAGGUGGAGUCUCCCUACGAGGUCCAUGACUUUAUCCGCUCCUACCUGGGCGACACCGUGGAAGCCAAAGAGUUCGCCAAGCAGUUCCUGGAGCGCCGAGCCAAACAGAAAGCCAACCACCAGAGACAACAGCAGCAACAGCAGCUAGCAAAAGAAGUUUCGGGGCUGGCCAUGAACAACUUUCCUAUCCAGGUAGGCUCCGUCCAGUCCAUGUUCCAGGCAGCCCAGAUGGGAAAGGGAGGAAUGUAUGAUAGCCAGGCUGCAAAAAUGAAGAAACCGACCAUGACGCUUCACUCUGACCCUAGCAUCUUAGGAUAUUCAUUCCUGGGCGCCGGGGACAGGAUGAACCAGGGCGAGAUGGAAACAGUGGAGGAUUAUUGAUCCACAGCAUCUACCUGAAUCCACAUGAGGCCUUACAUCUGGAUUAAAACACUGACUCUCUCACACACACACACACACAUUCACCUACACCACACUGACUCCACACACACACACACACACACACACACACACACACACACACACACACACACACAUUCACCUACACCACACUGACACACACACACACACACACACACUCACCAACACCCACACAGACAAUGACGAAUGUGCACUGCUGAGCUACUUUGCCCCCUCAUAGAUGAGGACCUGGUAAAGUAGUGUUUUCGCUCUCAUCUCUGUGGGGUGUGUGGGGGGGGGGCAGAGGAGUACCCUCCUGCACUUCUUACAGUUAAGCACCUUAAACUACACUAAUGCACUUUAUCACGGGGUUUCAAUAUUUGAAAUGAUGUUUUGCCAGUUUGUUUUCUUGUUUUUAGGAUGCAAAAUGUGCAUAUUGUGUCUACAAUAUGAAUACACACAUGUGGAUGUGUGUGUGCAAACAUACCUAAGUAAGGAACUUGAGGUUACAUCUCCAAUAAUAAUGUGGGGUGAUGAGGAUUUAUUUUGGAAAGUAUAUUCUUUUUAAAAAGUUUUUAUAUAAAAUGUAAAGCUAUAACAAAUUGCAUUUUAUUAAGAAAAAAAACUUGAAGGUUUGCACUUAGAAAAACAAACAAAACUAGUUGUAGAUAAGUAGUGGAAGAAAAUGUUUCUUUGAAUGCUUGUGGGUUUGUGUGGUAGACUUAAAGCCUGCACAAUUUUUAUUGCUUACAGAGAUGCAUAAAAAGGCCAUGUUUUUACUUUGUUCCAUGAAACUUUUUUACUUUGAAGAAUGUAUGCAAUGUGUUCCCAUGUCAGAUGUAUAUGAGUGAUUGGUAGCCAAUGAAUGUGUAUGUUCUUUUGUACAUGGAUUCUCUAAGCGAGAGUGGAGAGGGCUCUUUUUCAACCAAUCUUUCACCAGCUCCUCAUCCCCUAAAUGACUUCAUGAAGGUCUUUUGCUUUGGUGUCCAGUUACCUGACUGGCCGGUUGUGUUUUGUCAUUGGUGCAUUGCUGCGCUCAUUCUCCUUCAUGGUGAGUCACGACGGUCCAUGGGCUCUGAUUCGCUGAUACAACUGUGAAAACAGAUCUUAUGAUUCAAGGCAGAUUUCCGAGGUGUAUUUUACUGCCGUUAAGUCACUCUCUCUCGUUUAAAGAACCAUGAAAAGUUCUGUUUAAUCAUUCUCUUCCUUGUGGUUAUGAGAGUUGGUAAGACCAGAGAAGUCCCUUGCAUUUUCCAAGGGGAUCUAUUGCCUUUAACGACAUGUCAGUGUUGAGGUCUUGCUUUCCUGCUUCCAGGCAGUUUUGCAGACGAUUGCCACUGCGUAUGUUAACCCUAGUAUUGAUAGCUAGAGUCAUGUCUUUUUGUUGCUUUUUGAAUAGAAUGUCAGUUUUUCAACAAAGUGAAAGUAUUUGGACUUGAUAUGGAGCACUUUUGAGGCUGCUACACUAUUGUAUUUUUAUAUUGUUGUUUUAGUUUUUUUUGCCUCUAUGGUAAUUAUUUUUUUACUUUACUUUUUUUUCUGGGGGUGGAAAUGAAUGUAUUCCAAAAACUGAAAUGUACAACAGUGCGUCGAGAUGAAGCCAGACUUUAAACAAAUCUUUUGGAGCUAAUGAGUAGAGUUGUGCUGAUCAAGUAUUAGAAUCCCUGAAGAUGAACACUGCCUUCUCUUACUGCUCUCUGAGAAACACAUCCUAAUAAGAUGAAGACAUCUGUCCACCGCCAUGUCGUCCUCGAUACAACACACACACACGAGGAACUGGCAUGGAAAAUGUAGCAGUCGUGUUUUUUAUAGAGAAAUUGGUCUCCUUUUUAUCUUUGAA